AAAGAGUCAUGUAUUGCUUUGGGCAGCGUUCCCAUAGUGAGAGUGUAGCCCGAAUCACACACAUACCGAUGCAAAUGUUCGUUUGAAAGUUUGAACGCAGUGUAAAUAGGCGCAAAGUAGCCGUUUAUGAGUGACAGAUAGACGCUUGACACCAAUUUAAAGUUAUUGUUCUUGAAAUCGUGACUAAAUUCGAUUCUAGAUAGUAAAAUAUUCACUUAAAAUUCUGCCGGAUUAAAUUAAACAGUCAAAAAUGGCGAUAAAAAAAUUUAAUUCUACUUGUAGUUCUAUUUCAAGCAGCGAUACAUGUUUUAGCACCGAAGAUGAAGCACAUUUGCACUGCUUGUUGAAGGAAACCAUUUUAAAAUGUCAACCCGAUGAUUUUGUCGAAGAAGUGCAAGACAUUCCACUCAUGUUAACCAUCUUGCAUGAGGUCAUAAACAAGUGUGAUACAAACUCUGGGCCAUUCGGGAAAUCGGUUGAAUUGAUAGAAAAAAUUAUCUUGUCACUGAAAGAUGAACAAGAUAUAUUAAGAAAAUUGCCCAUUUUGCCCGUUUUGACGGAUAUUCUCUUGCGGUCGACACCAUCCAGAAAUGAAUACGUUUUGAAACUGAUUCAAGACGUUUCAUUCGGUAUCGUUAUCAAAACAUGCCAGCCAUACAUUGAGCGUCUUAUAAAAUUCUGCGUGAAACUAUUGUGUGAUGACACAGUCGAAUCCAAUGACAAACUACAGAAUGUGGCUUUAUCAGUUUUGAUUAAUCUGUGCAGUAAAAAUGCCAUUUCGCUGAAUAUAUUGGAAGAGCAAAUAAAUUUGAUUGAUUUGCAAAAGAAAAUUCCACUCAAAACGUAUGGCAUAUUGACAUGUAAAAUGAAUCUGAUUUUAAAUGAAGGCGGAAAUAUUCUUCGCGACUCGGACGUUCGCAAUUUUCUGAAAUUCACAUCAAAGGAACUACAUCGCAUUCCAUCUUUGGACGAAAAAUUGUUGAAGCAUUUGAUUGAGUUCAUUCGAGAGAUCGCGCAACGCUCGAACACAAAAGAAAUUCUUCAAGAAUACGAUUUUAGUGCUGGAAUUCAGGCUGCAAUUAUGACUUUGGAGAACGUUACUGAUAACCACAAAGUGCACGUUAAUUCUCUAUUUGAAAUUAUCAAAAUUGUGACCAUAGCCAAAAAUAACUCACUCAAAAGCUUGGUCAUAACCGUAAUAAAUUUUGGAAUAAAACGACUCAGCAAUUCCGCUUACCGCAUUCAAGCGCUUGAAACGUUGGCUACGAUUUUCAAUAAUGAUGCAAAGAUCAGUACAAACAUCUUUGAACUCGAAGAAAUGCAGGAGACAUUAAAGGCGUUACUCUAUAGCAACGAAAGGCAUCCCACUAUCAUGGCCCCAUUAUUCAAGCUGCUCAAUGUCCUGGCACAGAACUACAAAUUGAACUUGAUGAACAAUCAAGUGGUGGACUCAAUUUUUUCUCCAUUACGCCAAUUGGAAAGCUCCAGCUAUUUUAAAUUGCCCCUAGGCGAUAUAAAUAUGUAUUUGGAAUGUUUGGCAACACUAUCUACAUUGCUGGAGAACAAUAUUUUUGAAACCAAGUCGAAUCUCUUUCAAGAAACCAAUAUUCAGUUUUUAGUUGCAAUGUCUAUUAAGCAUGGAAACACAGAUCAAUGUUGUUUGGCUUUGUCGUUGAUGAAACGAUUUUCAAAGCAGAAGAUUUCAGAGAUCAUUUCGGCAAAGAGUAACGACAGCAAUUUAUUCGAUCCACAUUUGUUUUUACAAAACAAUAAAUCUACUACGGUAGGCAUAGAUCUCAGUAAGCAACUCGGAAUCGAAAAAGUUAAAAAUGUGUUUAAAAAAAUCGAAACUGCCUGCGCAAAUGAAAAGUUUGAAGUGCCCACAUCUGAUUUCAUCGAAUUGUAUACCAAUGAAAUCACUAUGCUAAAGCAAAAAAUCGAAAUAUUAACAAAAAAAUAUGAAGAUGUGUCCGAUGAGCUCGAUCUUGUCAAAGGUAAUAAUUUACAGUUGGAAAUCACAUCGAUGAAAUGGUCUGAACUUGGUCAGAAUCUACAAAAAUCGGUUGAAACACUUCGAAGUGAUAACGAAAAGUUGAACACAAUAGUGACAUCGUUGAGAUCACAAAUCAAGUCAUCUUUGGGUGAAAAUGAGGAAGCCGUACGGAAACUGGCCCAAGAAUCGAAAAAGAAUAAAGAAAUGGAAGUAAAAGUAACAACACUUGAAGAAGAGCUCAAAGACACCGAAGAUAUGCGUCAAACCAUCUUAUCACUGAUGAGCAAGCGAAAGAAGACAAGUGGUAAAGAUUCGUAACACUUGUUCUGAACUUUACCGUUGAACCUCGAAUGCGAUCAAUUAAAUAAUAAGUAACGUAGGGAAAAUCAGAGCAAAGGGUUGAAUUAAAGAAACUGACAAAUCGAACUUAUUUUAGUCACAUUCGAGUUUAUUGGAAAAUCUAAAAUUUUCAGGAACAAUUUGGUUCAGUUUUAUAAUAGUUAAUAGGCCCUCAGAAAUUGUAAUGUCUUAUGAUUUUUUUUUUUUCUGUUAAGAAUGUUAAGAAUGAUUAUUACGAAUGAUCUUUCUUUUGUUUAUACAGUGAAUAUGUUUUGAGGCUAUGAGAAUCAGUCUUUCGACAUAUGAUAUUUUUCUUUGAGAAUAAUGUCUUAUGAUUGAAAAAUCUAAGUAGAACACUUAAAAGCGAUGUAUCUGAAUGUCAACCUUUCUGUAUUGUAUGUUCGAAAGUUUUUUAUAAUAAUUGUUUGAAUAGAAAUUGUAUGCACAACAGCGAAAUAAAUUGUAGCUCAUUGAACACUA